UAAAAAAAAAAUAGAUUAUUUGAAAUCAUGAAUAAAUUCUUUGUUUUAAUCGUUGUAAUUGCUUUGAGUGUUGGAUCGAACAACGCUAGUAGAAUCUUUCCAAAAAAUCAAGUAUAUAUCUUAAACACUCUUGGUAGGAGUGAUGAUGUUCUCACGGUUCAUUGUAAGUCUGAAAAAGAUGAUCUUGGUGUUCACUUAGUGCAUUAUGGUGACAUAUAUUCGUUUAAGUUUGGUGAUAGCUUUUUUGGUGAGACUAAGUUUGUUUGCACACUAUCGCAUGGGAUUGGUUUUAAAUCUUCGGUUACUUUUACUGCUUAUCAAGAAGAUCCUUAUUUUUACAUAAAAUUUGGUGCCCUAACACUUUGGGAUGCUAGACCUGAUGGGAUCUAUCUCACAAAUGAUGAUCAUGGUACAAAGUUUAUGUAUUCUUGGUAAAAUCUUAGUUUUGAUGUCAAUAGAUUUCAAAAUAUUAAAAAUAAGAGAAUAUAUAUUGGAUUUUGGAAAUUAUAUGAAAAUGGCUUAUGUUUGCAAUCUAUGUGAUAUGACAUAUCUCAAUUCA